AUGGCUACGAUCAUUGGACAGAUUGAUACCUUCGACGAGGCGAGAGAGCAAUGGACCACGUAUGUAGAACGCUUUGAACACUUCGUGAAAGCAAAUGACAUUGACGAGGGAAAAACAGUGUCGGUUUUCCUCAGCGUAAUGGGAGCAUCCACUUAUGGACUCUUACGUAGCCUUAUUGCACCAGUUAAGCCCGGCACUAUGUCAUAUGGAGACAUUGUGAACACACUGCAAGCGCAUUUCAGUCCCAGGCCUAUUGUGAUUGCUGAGAGGUUCAAGUUUCACAAACGAAAUCAGGCGGAGGGGGAAAGUGUUGCACAGUAUGUGGCUGUAUUAAAGAAACUGGCGGAGCACUGUGAAUUUGGUGACAAUUUAAACGAUGCAUUAAGAGACAGAGUGGUGUGUGGCCUGUGCAGCGAGUCAAUACAGCGGAAGCUUUUGACUGAAUCGGCGCUCACGUACCAAAAGGCCGUGGACAUAGCAAUGUCAAUGGAGGCUGUAUCGAGGGAAUCACAGCAUUUAAGUAACUCAUUGAAAGUAAAUGCCAUGUCUUUUGCAUCAGAAUCGCCAAAGGCAAAAUGUUUUAGAUGCGGAAAGUCUAACCAUACCCAAAAUGAAUGUUUUUACAAAGACCAACUGUGUCACAAUUGUGGAAAGAAGGGCCACAUCGCUCGGUCAUGUAAAGGUGCAAAGACAGAGGUGAAAAUACCGAGAGUUUUCGGAAAAGGAAACUAUGUAAAAAGUAAGGGAAUGACAAAGAAAAAAACAAUUCACAAAAUGGGCACUGAGACGGAAAGGCUGAAUGAAGAGACAAGUUCGGAUACUGAGUCUGAACUGACACUACACAACGUUACCGCAACAUCGCAAAACCCUGCACCAGGGAACAUAAUGAAAAGGGAAAAUGAGGAAGGGACAGCGGUAAUAAAAAUACAACCAAAAAUUGAGGGGUUACGAGUAGAGAUGGAAGUCGACACAGGAGCGGCAGUUUCUAUUAUCUCAGGGGAACUGUAUAGAGAUAAAUUAAGUCACAUUCGUCUGCGCCAUACAAACGUUGUUCUCAAGACAUACACUGGCGAAGUAAUCCGGCCAGAAGGAGUCAUCAAGGUGUGCGUUAAGCUAAACAAACAACGUGCACGGUUACCACUGUAUAUUGUUACCGGAAAUGCGGUUCCGCUAUUCGGACGCGAGUUGCUUCGCCGAAUUCAUCUGGACUGGCGUGAGAUCAAAUCAAUAACUGCAGUACACCGCAGCAACGAAGGGACAUUGGACAGCCUUCUAAAACAGCAUGAGAAAGUUUUCAGUGAAGAGUUAGGAACUUUCAAUGGUUACACAGCUACCAUCAAUCUGAAACCAGGAACUCAACCAAAGUUUUUCCAAGCUCGAGUGGUACCAUAUGCCAUCAGACCCAAGGUGGAGGAAGAAAUCAACCACCUACUCAAACAAGGAAUCAUUUCACCAGUACGAUUCAGUGAAUGGGCAACCCCGAUUGUGCCUGUAAUCAAAAAAGGAGGUAAUGUCAGAAUCUGCGGUGACUUCAAAGUAACGGUAAACCCAGCCUUAUGUGCCGAACAUUAUCCAUUACCUCGGAUUGAAGAUCUGUUCGCUUCACUAGCGGGAGGAAAAAGGUUUAGCAAAUUGGACCUUUCACAAGCGUACCUGCAGAUCCCUGUACAUGAAAAUUCACGGCUGGUUAAUUAUUAUGCAAGAUUCGUUCCAAACCUGUCCACAGUCCUUCACCCCCUGAACACAAUGUUACAUAAGGAGGUGAAAUGGAACUGGUCUCCAGAAUGUGAGGGUGCAUUUCAGGAAAUCAAGAGACAGCUAUUGACACCCAAUGUGCUUACGCACUACGACCCAAGACUUCCAGUCCGAUUGGCUUGCGACGCUUCACCCUAUGGGGUGGGGGCAGUACUUUCACAUUUGAUGCCAGAUGGGCAGGAAAGACCCAUAGCCUUCGCUUCGAGAACCUUAAGUAAGGCAGAGCAAAACUAUGCGCAGCUGGAGCGAGAAGCAUUAGGAUUAAUCUUCGGAGUACGGAAGUUUCACACUUACCUAUAUGGACGUCACUUCACCUUAAUGACCGAUCACCGUCCACUUACCACCAUACUCCAUCCACACAAAGCGACUCCCUCCAUGGCUGCAGCCAGACUUCAAAGGUGGGCUCUCCUGUUGGCUGCACAUAACUACACUAUCCAGUAUAGGAGUGCAGACAAACACGGGAAUGCAGAUAGUUUAUCACGCUUACCACUGCCUGUUCACCACAAGGACAGAAAGGAUGCAUUAGAGGUUUAUUUUAUAAACAAAAUGGAUACACUUCCAGUCAGUAGCAGUGAUAUUCGGAAAGGAACCAGGACAGAUCCAAUUCUCUGUCGGGUAAAGGAAAUGGUAUCCACCGGGUUAUUCCCACCUACCAAAGACUCAGAAAAUGUUUUAAAACCGUAUCUCAUGAGGAAGGAGGAGCUAUCACUUUUGCAGGACUGUCUAAUGUGGGGACAGCGAGUUAUCGUCCCACCAAAUUUGAGACCCCAAGUCUUAGAGGAUUUACACACGGGACACCCAGGUGUAGUCAAAAUGAAGGCAUUAGCGCGUAGCUACAUCUGGUGGCCAAAUAUCGACUCGCAGAUUGAGGAAAAAUCUAAAACCUGCAUGUCCUGUCAACAAAAUCAGAAAUCCCCAGCCCUAUCACCGUUACAUCCCUGGGCAUGGCCCGAAUCCCCUUGGCAGCGAAUCCACAUCGAUUACGCUGGGCCAUUUGAAGGACGCAUGUUCCUAGUAGUCGUUGACGCACACUCGAAAUGGCCAGAAGUUCUGGUGAUGGAUUCUACUACGUCAUGCAAAACGAUCGAGGUAUUGCGUGGUCUUUUUAGUCGCUAUGGCAUACCUGAAACCUUAGUGAGCGACAAUGGCCCACAAUUUACUUCAGAGGAAUUUGAAUGCUUUCUGAAAUCGAAUGGUGUUAAACAUGUACGCUCGGCACCAUUUCACCCAGCGACCAACGGGUUGGCUGAGCGUUUUGUACAAACUUUUAAACAUUCGCUAAAAGCAUCCAAAGAACCAAAACCAUUGCAACAAAGACUAGAUGCUUUCCUGUUACAGUACAGGAAUACUCCCCACAGCACAACAAAAGAAGCACCGGCAAUGUUGUUCUUACAUCGCAGACUGAGAACACGACUAGAUUUAAUAAAGCCAAGUGUAAAACAGACUGUGGAGCAAGCCCAAGAAGUUCAAUGUUCGUACCGUGCUCUCCAUGCGAAAGAAAGAGACUUUGGUGUUGGUGAUUCCGUGCUGGUCAGAGAUUAUAGACGUGGGGGAGAAAAGUGGAAAACUGGUACUGUCUCUUCCCAGUCAGGACCAGUGUCAUAUACGGUCCAAGUGGACAGUGCACAAACCUGGAAAAGACAUGCAGAUCAAAUGUUAGGGGGACACCCGGAAAUCACAAAAGCCACCGAACUGUUGCCAGCGGAUAACAGUGUGUCACCAAUAUUAGACAAUAGGGAACAAGAACUGCCUUUGAUAUCUAAUGAGACUGUAUCUUAUGCACCAGACCAACAUGCAGAUGGGCUUGUUGCACCAGCUACGGUUAUAUCCCAAAAUGAGAGGCGAUUCCCCGUGAGGAAUCGUAAGGCACCUAACAGAUUAGAUCUGUAG